AUGCCACUCCGGUCGUAUUUCAUUCCCGUUGCGCCCCGGUGGCAACGUGUUUUCUUCCAUGUCAGCACUAUUCGCAGGCAAGGCGGCCCAAAUCAUUAUGAGACCCUACAGCUUCCUACGGAUGCUAGUCUGGAGGAUGUGAAGAAGUCUUUCUACACGCUCUCCAAAACCCACCAUCCAGACCGCAACCCCGACGAUCCAAAAGCCUCCGAGCGCUUCAUCAAAAUCUCCGAAGCAUACGCCGUGCUCAGCGAUGGUCCUAAACGCCAGGCCUACGACCGCGAACACCUGCGCACCCCUUCCUAUGCCCCAGCGCGUCCCGGCUCCUACUCUUCUUCCGGCCCUGCCGGCGGGCGUCCUGCGUCUGGCUUGAGUCGCCGACGCUCGCAAUUCCGUGGACCUCCCCCCAGCUUCUACGCGAGCGGGGGAUGGGGAGCGCAGUCUGCGAAGCGCUCCGCGGCACAGGAGCAGACUACCUAUGAUCAUAGCCAGGGGGGACCGACGUAUAAAGAAGGGGGUAUGGGACCAGGACAACGGGCCUGGGGACAUGGCUCUAACGACGUGCCUCACUUUGAUAGAGACCAGCAUUUUAGGACUCAAGAGAAUCAGCAGAAAAGAAGGUCGAAGAAGGUCAACGAGGAUUUUCUAUCGCGCGGGGACACGAGGAGUGCCUUGGCGAAUUUCAUAUUUGUUGGGAGUAUCAUAAGCAUCGGACUUUUCGUGCCGAGCUAUUUGUUUGAGAAGUUUGGUAGAGGGGUUGACGGGGUUGACAAAAUGCGGCGAAGUGAAAGGAAAUAG